GUACUCCCUAACUACUCGGCUAUGACUUCAAUCAGCCACCAGUUCUUGUGCAUGCUUUGGGUGGAUGGAAAAUAUCCCAUGUCCAGAAGCAUCGCCUCACAAAAUCUUCCUUGCCGGCCCACAAGGCUUGCAUUAGUCAUUUGGACGGUCUCUGGAGGCGAUCCUCACCAUCCAUGUCGUUAGGAGAUCGAGACGCCAAUUCCGAGGAGCACUGGGCUUGUUCCGCCCUGCGCUUGGCGUCGGAGUUCGCCAUUUUUAAUCCGACGGGAAGUCUAAACGCGAAAAUGACGUCACUCGCGUAGCCACACAUUUCACUGAGAAACAGCCGCCGCCGACAGACGCAUUGAUUGGAUCGCGUCUGUCAGUUUCUGAGUCAAAGUUGCUGGCAUUAAAAUUUUAAUGCCAGGGGUUUUGGUGGUCUGGACGCAUGGAUUGCGUGGUUCCAGAGCCUUCAUUCCGUAGUCAAAAGGCUGAGCAGUCGGAUAUAAAUAUGCCCAAGUGAACAGGAUUGAUAUGCUCUGAUCAGAUUCCUCGACCGACGAAAAACAAAGAGACAAUUGCAAGAUUAAGGGCAAAUCAAUUGCGAUCCUAAAAGCUAGUUAUCUAAUAACACCAACAACUAAUAACUAAACUACCAUUCGCUAUCGCAAAGCAUAAUCUAGCAAACACAGCCACCGAACUUCAAACAUGUCUGCUCACGCUACCGAUAUCAAGCUCUUCCAUUCUUAUCUUAACCCCGAGUCUGUCAACAGCACUCCAAUUACCUCAGCCAAUACCAGCAGACGCACAAGCACCUCGGACUUCUCUCAGGUAUCUCAGUCCCAGGCAAAGAAGGAGAAGAAAGCUUUGAAAAAUGCAGCCAUUAGCGAGAGCCGCGCCGUUUAUUUCUCGAUGCUCCAACGAUAAAGAAGACGGAGCGUGAAAACUGUGUUGUGGAUAGAAUGGAUUGACUAGUUAUAACUUACAUUUACGAUAUGGAGAUACUGGCGCAAUUUGAGAAUUCUUUAUUUCGGAAACCAAAAUAAAAGUUUAUACCCCUCAAUGACCUCAAUGGACACCGAUAUUUUAAUAUUUAAUCGACCAACUAAAAUUUGUCUAUGAAUAUGUUUUGUGGAUAUGCUGGAAUGCAUGGGUAGUUAAGUUGAGUAGAGAUACGAGGAAAGGAUAUUAUUAUCAUGUCAUAGAGAAUAUUUAUCAAGUUAAAUAUGACUUUCUGCUUGAACCAGGCAA